AUGGCUCCUGGGGACACCAAAACUAUUCCAAAUGGACUGAAAUUCGUCUUUGGUGGAUCAGCUGGGAUGGCGGCCACUCUGUUCGUCCAGCCUCUGGAUUUGGUCAAGAAUCGUAUGCAGCUGAGCGGCGUCGGCGGAAAACCCAAGGAAUACAAGACAUCUUUCCACGCCUUUCGAGGCAUCGUGGCCAAGGAAGGCAUGUUCGCCCUGUACAAUGGCAUCUCGGCCGGUCUGCUGAGACAGGCCACCUACACCACUGCCAGGCUGGGUAUGUAUACGUGGAUGUUUGAACAAAUGAGAUCUCCUGAUGGUAAACCUCCUAGUUUUGGUUUCAAAGCUGGAAUAGGGAUGUUAUCCGGAAUAUGCGGUGCAUUUGUCGGCACCCCGGCAGAAGUGGCGCUCAUAAGAAUGACAGCUGACGGCCGACUACCAGCCAACGAGCGACGAAACUACAGCAACGUGUUUAAUGCCUUGGUGAGGAUCUAUCGUGAGGAGGGGCUAUUAACAUUAUGGAGGGGUGCCGUACCAACCAUGGGUCGAGCCAUGGUGGUGAACGCUGCCCAAUUGGCCAGCUAUUCGCAAGCCAAACAGCUGAUCGUCGAGAACUUCAAAGUGAAUGAUGGAAUUUUCUUGCAUUUCGUUUCCUCCAUGAUUUCCGGUCUGAUAACGACUGCCGCUUCGAUGCCGGUCGACAUCGCUAAAACGAGGAUCCAAAAUAUGAAAACGGUAAACGGCAAACCGGAAUACUCCGGCCCGUUGGACGUGCUGAUGAAGAUAGUAAGAAAUGAGGGUGUUUUUGCCCUAUGGAAGGGCUUCCUGCCCUACUAUUUCCGCCUGGGGCCGCACACAGUGCUGACCUUCGUUUUCCUGGAGCAGAUGAACGCCGCCUAUUUCAAGUACAUGUACGGGGAGAGCGGAAGAAGGGCUUUGUAA